AUGCCCUUUUAUGCUGGAAAUACUGAAGUUUUUGUAUCUCACAUGGCCAUGGAACAGCCUCGCUCAUCUCAUCAACCAAAUCAACAAGUCCUGAGAAGGGGAACUAACGGUGAUAGUAAUCAUGCUAGCAGCAGUAAUGGCUUCGGUGUAGCAGGCUACAUUGGCUGGUCGUUAUUUUCGGGUUUGAUACCCAAGUCUGUUGAUCCUUCACUUUCUCCAAACUCUUCCAUUUCCUCGGCCUCAUUGGCCUCUUCUAUAGAUAACACUGAUUAUGUUCUUGAUGGUUGCAAAUGCUGUGGUAAUAUCAUCAAAUAUCCAUCGCACAUUCAAAAAUAUCGUUGCGUUUUUUGCGAUACCAUGUUUGUUACCAACAAUUAUGACUUUAACACCCCGUCACACGGCAUUAAGGCUUUAUCUCAGAAACUUGAACCAAUAUCUUUUCAGGCGGUCAAACGAAUCGCUGAUGUUUGUUUUGAGGAAUUCAGGAAACAUAUUGCCGAGAACUCGCCUUCAAGGGUUGCAGGAUUUGAAAAGUUCAGACCAUUAGAAGAUUAUUUAUACAGAAGUUUCAAUAGUUUUGAUUGCCUAAGCCGUUCUUUCCCACUAUUCAAGAAUUACAAAUUAAGUCAUUCUCAACCCAAUGUUGACUUUAAAGAAGUACGGGAAACGUUCAAAUUGCUAUUAUCAUUGCCAGUUAAAAAACCAUUUUUCGUGUUAUUAACGGCGGUGAGUAACUUGCUUCAAAGUCCUUUGCUAACCGAGGCUCCAGAAGACUUGAAUUGGUUAUUAAUUUUAUUGGAACUACCUACUUUACCUUUUUGUUUGCGUUUUGGUAAACCACCUGCGGAUGCUUCUCAAAAUGCUACAACGCCAACAUCAAGGAUGCAUCCAAAUAUUAUAUUUUUUGAGUCUAGAGAAGUCAAAAAUGUCAGUUAUAAAAUAAUAGAAAGAGUCAUUGGCUUCUUGUCUAAUUGUGAUGAGGUUUGUGUUAAUUAUCUUGUGAAUUGGUUUGCCAAGUAUUCCACAAUAGAAUUUAAAAGCAAAGUUGAAUUGAUCAAUUUGUACAUAACAUUUCAAAUGAGAUCUCUACUCAAUCGCUUCCAAGAAGCCGAGCAUGACAAAGGAAAAAAUCAGCCAGCUUUUCCAGAGCUGCUUGCCCAAAGAAGGUAUUUAUCUGAGAACUUACCUAAUAGUGGCCAUGAUAAAUUCAAUGACUCCUUACCAACCUCCGCCUCUACAGUAAAUUCCCUGUCUCUGAAUUUUUUACAAAUGCCAUCCAGAUUACCAGUAUGGCCGGCAAAUAGCAAAAAAAGAUCAAAAAAGAAUGACAAAUUUAGAUUGGGAAUAGCUCAAUACGGUAAUGAAUGGCGGUUGAAAACUGCGGCGAAAUUUUUAUCAUUUUUCUAUCAAGCUUUAACUUCUGGUAAAUCAGAUAUCCGGUGUGAGUCUUCAUUUUUCUACAACUCUAUGGUGGAUUUUAUCAAUGUGAAACAAGAUUUCGAUGCUUGGCAAACCCUCUCUGGUAAAAAAUCUACCACGAAGACGGAAUUAAAGGUCAAUGAUAUGGUUAUUUCCGUCAAUGAUUAUCUCAGAUCAGCGGUCAGUGUGCCAAUAUCCCCAAUUGGGGCUUCGGGUAACGUUUCCAGUCCCACCUUUGCGUUUUGCCAGUUCCCAUUUCUAUUGUCACUAGCAGGAAAGAUAUCUAUCAUUGAAUAUGAAGCUAAAAGUCAAAUGCUGAAGAAAGCUGAAGAAGCUUUUCUUCAUGCAGUGAACAAGAAAACUAUUGUGGAAGUGCAUUUCAAGGUAAGGAUAAGAAGGGAUCAAAUCACUAACGAUUCUUUAAGGUGUAUCAAGGAGAAUGCCAAAGAUUUAAAAAAAUCUUUGAAAGUGGAAUUUAUUGGUGAAGUGGGUAUAGAUGCGGGAGGGUUGAAGAAGGAAUGGUUCUUGAUAUUGACGAAAAAAUUACUUGAUCCACUUAAUGGGUUGUUUUAUAAUAUCGAUCAGUCCAACUAUUUAUGGUUUACGUUAAAUGCAGACAAUGCUGAAUCAUUGGAGUUGUAUUACUUGAUCGGAGUUGUGCUUGGAUUAGCAAUGUAUAAUUCUACGAUUUUGGAUUUAAAGUUCCCACAUGUGCUAUUCAAGUUAUUAUUCGAUAAACCUGUUGGAUUUCAAGAUUAUUGUGACCUCUUCCCAGAAACUGCAUCAAACUUGAAGAAAAUGGGCUCCUAUGAUGGUGAUGACUUCAAUGAAGUUUUUGAUGGUUUUUAUUUUGACCUUAGUUAUAAAGAUGCAUUUGAUAAAAUUCACACUGUGGACUUGAUAGAAAAAGGUGGUGAAAUUGCUGUGAAUAAGUCCAACAAGAACUCUUAUAUUAAAAAGUAUUCCGAAUACUUUUUAAUCGAUGGCAUCAAGGAAAAAUUUGAAGCUUUCAAGAGAGGUUUCCACAGCGUUAUCAAUGGCAAUUCUUAUUCUUUGCUUUCACCUGAGGAAGUUGAGUUGAUUUUAUGUGGAAGUGAUGAAGCAAAUUCAAAAUUUGAUCUUGUCAGUUUGAAGUCAGUAACAAAGUAUAAUGGGUUUGCAGAUAUUUCUGCUGCUGAUAAAACCGCGAUUGUUAAAUGGUUUUGGGAAUUUUUUGAAGGCUUGAGUAUUGCGGGACAAAAGAAGUUGAUGUUAUUCAUUACUGGCUCCGACAGAAUUCCUGCCACGGGAAUCGUUAGUAUGAACUUUAAGAUCACGAAGCUUGGCAGCGAUACUGGUAGACUACCUGUUGCACAUACUUGCUUUAACGAGCUUUGUAUUUAUGAAUAUUCUUCCAAAGAUAACUUCUUUUCUAAGUUGAGCAUGGCAAUGAAUGAAAGUGAAGGGUUUGGAAUCAAGUAA